CAUCAUCAGCAGCAAAGUGCCUUCUGUGCCUUCAACGGAGAUACACACACCGUGGUGCUGGGUGCUUGUGUGUUGUUCGCGAACCUCGCUUCCUCGCAAAACAUACAUUUUCCGUUUUUCCCUUGCGCCAAAAGUGUGUUAUCUUUGUGUGUGGUUGCGAAAACGUGCGGUCCGAAAAAGGUUUCGUUUCCCAGCACCCCCCCUUUUUCGUGAAACUGUAAAAGGUGCGGGCAUAAGCCGAAAUAAUGCUGCAGUUACGCUGGUUUGAGAAUGAAACGUUCGCUUUCUAGCGAAGGUUUCGCACGGCGGGCUCACAAGCACCACCCCAUUUCCCCCAUUUCGCCCGGUCGUUUCAAGGUGGAGAAAGUAGCCAAGUGAUACAGCAGCAGCAGCACGAGGUACUGGAAACGGAAGCCGGGCGGGCGGGCUGCAGCAAACCAAACCCACCCAACAAUAACAACAACAUCAAACAGAAGGCAACUCCUCCGCACAGCAGCUGCAGCAGCAUAAGCAAGCAAACCCAAAUUGCUCGUCCAAGCGCGGUAGGAAGUGCACGGCUCUGUUAUUUUGCGCGUACUGACCACGACGAGGACCACCGCCGACUUAUUAUUGUUGUUGUUGUUGCUGCUGCUAUUUGUUCGCUUUCGCUGACCGAAACCGAGAAAACGGGCACAGCUGGCAAAUUCAUUCAUUUCGCAUCGCGUAACGCAGGUUUACGGUUCGGUUCGGGCUACGGUGCUGCUUUUACAGAGGCAGGAAAGUGAACGUGCUUUGUUAAAAUGUGUUUUCUCUAGCAAAAUAUGGCCAAUCCAGUGAAGUUUACUUAAUACUAAGCUUGUGUUAAGUGCACCGUACGAUCAUACUUGAUCAUCUGUCAAAUUACGUUCUGCAAGAUAAACAAACGUAUCGCGCCGUACACUAGCAGCGUCGCUUCCUACACAAACACUCAGAAACCGCGAAACGCGCCUUGUGACUAAUUUGAUAAAUAAAUACAUUGGCGCGCGCACAAGAGGGCCACGAAGUACCCUCAUUCUACUCGCAGAGGCGCGCGGCCAAGAUAGCGAAGCUGCGUAGAACGAGCGUACGAGCGAAAGGCACGGCACGAUGUCGCUACGCGCCAUACAGAAGCGAGAUAGGGAGAAAUUAUCGUCCUCCCAGCGGCAACAGUUUAUCAGCAACAGCCAGCACCAGCAAUGGAACAACGGGCCUCCUCCUUCUGGUGUUGGUGCAAUAGUGCUGGCAGCAGGAACAGCACCGACGACGACGGCGGCCAUGAAGAUGACAGCAGCUGUUGCAACCGGCGACGUACCGUCGGUUCAAUCGAUUCUACAGCACCAGCAAGCAAAGCGCAAACAAACCCAAGCUGCUUACGGUCGUCUCGUAUCAACAACGACAACCCAUACGCCGUCAGUCGUUCUAAGACGGUCCAGCUCGUAUCCAACGCUACAGCCGUCAGGGAAGCAACAACUGCAGCAACAGCUACGUCCGGUUCGGUCGGAAAGUGACCUGUGUGUGGUGCGUGAUUCACCGGGAAGAGGUGGCGCUGAUUCCGCCUACGGAGGUGCGGUGGCCGGAAGUGCUAGUACCAACAGCUUCAGCACCAACAAUCUUUACCUCGGUGCCAAAUCGGAGGUGUGCCUUAAAACGUUGGCCGUCAAGAAUACAGUGCCUGCCGGUCUGAUGAUGCAGCAAUCACUGGCACCCCGCGGUGGCGGUGCUGGUGGUAGCAUCCGGAGUGGGUCGAGCGGUGGUUCCACGACCCAACCCUCCUCGAAACGGUUGUACGAAAGCCGCCGUACGUCGGAGCUGAGCAGCAGCGAUUUCGGUACGAGCAAAUCGGAGCUGCAUCUCAAAUCGAAUGCCAGCGCCGUCCGCAUUCCGAUCGUGGGUUACGAGGUGAUGGAGGAACGGGCACGCUUUACGAUAUUCAAAUUACGCAUCGAAAACAGCAUUUCACACACCUGCUGGUUGGUGCUGCGCCGGUACACCGACUUUGUGCGGCUAAACAACAAGCUCAGGACGCUCUACCCGCACUGCAAUCUGGUGCUGCCGCGUAAGAAAUGGUUCGGGGACAACUUUAGCAGUGGCUUCAUCGACAACCGAAUACAGGGACUGCAAACGUUCAUCAACACCAUUCUGGGGGACGAUGCGAUGCGCACGUGUCAGGCGGUGCGAGACUUUUUCUGUCUCGAUGAACCACCAUCGUACUCAGAGAGUAUGGAGGAAUCAAGGGUGAUCUUUGAGGCCCAGGAGGAAACAAUAGCACAGCUAAAGCAGCAACUCCAAGCCAAAGAGGAUAUGGUGCAGACGCUGCAAACGAAGCUAGCCACCGAGCUAAAUCGUAACGCGAUCCUUACCAAUGUUAUACGCAACAGUGUGGAAAAUUGUGCCAAAUGUUCACAGUCUGUCGAUCAGGUGAUGAAGGAAUCGGUCUACAAGUAGCUUGCCACACAGUGUUACCAUCACCAUUUUGUCCGCGUUGCAACAGUUCAGUAAGACUGCGCCUGGUGUUAUGCAAUGUGCGAAGCUUGCAUUGCAAUAAAAACAAACCCCGUCACGGCAGAUAUUGAUAAGCUAUAGUAAUGGUUAACUAAUUAAUUAAAAAAGCGCGAAUAUAAAGACGCAAAUACGAUAUUCUUCAAA